AUUAAUAUCCCUGCAUUGUUUUAUUUAUUCUUCCUGUGUAAUCAAACCUUUGUGAUUCCCUGACGUCUGAUAAGCAGAAUUCCGAUUCAACAUGAAGUCUUAUUGUUAAAAUUUAAAGUUGAUGGACGUUUUCAUAUUUCUUCUCGUCCUCUUCAUGCAAUCGCCCAAUGAAUAGAAGCCCGCAUUUAAGAUUACACGGAUAAUCUGGAAGAUUUGAACGCUUUAUUUACAAUUCAAAAAACCUAUUUGACCAUACCUGUACGUAAGCCAUUAGUUACUAUAGUGUAUUGGCCUUGGUAAUGUGAGGAAAGAAUUGGUUCACGAUCUGACUUAGAUCGACAUUUGUCUCCAGUUUUCUUUUAACUUAUUGACGACUCUGCAUCUUUCCAUUCUUUUUAGUUCCUGUUGUCGAAGAACACUACUACAUUUGGAAAAGAAGACAAAAUGGGCGAAUUUAAAGUUACUCAUAAAUAUGUUUUACAAAAUAAUGUGAGAUACAUGUACAGUGGACUUCCCCAGUCAAUGAAGUACAGAGGAAGUGGGGAUUAUCCGAACUUUGACAUGCUCCGAAUCAACAGACAAAAUUCUGAGCUAAAAAAAUUAGUUCUACAGUCUGACGAGUAUCAAAGACGCAUGAAUACAUUCCUCAUCCCUAAAGCACCUGCUUUCCGAAAGUAUACUUCGCAUGCAGUGGACCCAGUUGUCGAUCGUCUGCUCAAGCCGACAAUUGCCCGGGAAGGAUUUUCUCCGGAGAAACACUCCGAUAAAUUUCGAUGCAAAGAGUACACCCGCGACCCAGAUAAGUCACGUUUUCCGAGUUAUCAGAAAUUACCUGAAGAUCAGGUACGUGGGAUUACGUCACGGCUGCUGAAGCCCACUCACAUGAGCACCUUGAAACAGCGUCUUCCACCCCCACCUCUCCGACAGGACCCCGACAGAGCUAGAGUCGUCCAGAUGCAUAGCAUGCCCAUCGUUGAUGGUUGACAACAACCAGUUCCGUAAGAUUCAUCUUUAAUUACGCAAGAUCAUAUCAUUUCUUCACCAGAGGACUCAGUGUCAGGCAAAAAAAAUGUUGAUUUAACGGCAUUUUGUCAUCAGAUUUAAUGUUUAUUUAUUUGAUGUUUAUAAAGCAAGACUUAGUAUCCACUUCUAUCUUUCAUUUUCACUUGAGAAUAAAUGUUUUACUUAUCUUAUUAUUAUAUGAAUAUUUAUUUAUUAUAAUUUAUAUUGUUGCAAUAUUUUGUUUUGUUGCCUUUCAGGUACAUAUG